AUGGAAUCAAGCAAAAGAAAUAUUUACUCAUUCAAGUUAAAAGAUCCCGAUCUAAGGAGCUUACGUGACUUGGUCUCUCAGAUGCACCCAGUAUACAGAAUGAACUUUGGAAAGAAUUAUGGAAAUUUGCUCAGCAUUCUCAAUCAACAAGUGGACCAUACCGCCUUAAUCACUUUGGCCCAAUUCUAUGAACUACCUUUAAGAUGCUUCACAUUCCAAGAUUUCCAGCUAGCACCAACAUUGGAAGAUUUUGAGCGUCUUGUUAGGAUUCCUAUGAAGAACAAGCCACUAUUUGAAGGGAUAGAUGAAUCUUUGCCCCUUGAGGUCAUAACUAGUGCGCUUCACAUGGAAGAAAAGGAAGCAGAGGCUAACUUAGAGACCAAAGGGAAGACCAAAGGAUUUCCACUAAGUUUUCUCUUGGAAAGAGCUCAUACCCUAUUCAAAGCAGAACGUUGGGAUGCUUGUUACUCUGCUAUUGCAUUGGCCAUCUAUGACGUCGUCCUGUUCCCGAAUAUGGAUGGUUUCGUAGACAUCACUGCUAUUUGUGUUUUCCGUACUGGAAACCCAGUACCUACUUUGUUAGUCGAUGUCUACUAUUAUAUAAGUCAUAGGUAUACUAACAAGAAGGGAUUAAUUGCUUGUUGUGCUCCUUUAUUGUAUCAGUGGUUUCUAGAACAUCUUCCGAAGACAGCUGAAGUAGAUCAGGAGCGCCAACUCAAGAAUAUAGCCACUGAAGCUUCUAGAGUGUCACCCAUGAUAUGGGAGGAGAACUGUCGAGAAGUAAGAGAUGCAAGGGAAUCUGUCAGCUAUUGGAAGAACCAGCUAGAGUCAUCACGCCAAGACAGCUCCAUAUGGUUGAAAGAGCGAGACUAUGUGAUUGAGGAUUAUGAAUCCUUUAAGAAGACUAUAGACUUCUUAUAA